AUGGACGUCGUCGCGGCGGUUUCGGGGUAUAUCUCCAAGAUGGUCACGGCGGGGGAUCCUUCGACAUCGGGCUCUUCAACGUCGGCCAAGAUGAAGAUCUUGCUUUUGGAUAGUGAGACGGUCACUAUUGUGUCGACAGCCAUCACCCAGUCCGCCCUGCUGAAUCAUGAAGUAUACCUGAUCGAUCGGCUAGAUAAUGCGGCUCGAGAGAAAAUGCGGCAUUUGCGCUGCCUCUGUUUCGUGCGUCCAUCCGCCAGCUCCAUUCAACUCUUGAUCGAUGAGCUUCGUGAACCCAAGUACGGCGAGUAUUACAUCUACCUCAGCAACAUCAUUCGCAAAUCGUCGCUUGAGCGCCUCGCUGAAGCAGACAGUCAUGAAGUGGUGCGUGCGGUGCAGGAACAUUUUGCAGACUUCAUAGUGAUCAAUCCGGAUCUGUGUUCCUUAAAUCUCGGCUUCCCUCAACAGCGAUUGUGGAGUCAUUCUCCAGACCUGUGGAAUGCAGAUGCACUGCAGAGAGCCACAGAGGGCGUAAUAUCUAUCCUGUUAGCUUUGAAAAAAAAUCCAUUGAUACGCUACGAGAAAAAUAGUUUGCUGGCUAAGAAGCUGGCCACUGAAGUUCGGUAUCAGUUGACUCAGGAAGAGCAAUUGUUCAAUUUUCGCAAGACCGAUACGCCGCCAAUUCUUUUAGUUCUAGACCGACGUGAUGAUCCUAUCACACCUUUAUUGACCCAGUGGACGUACCAAGCGAUGGUUCAUGAAUUGAUGGGUAUUCACAACGGAAGGGUUGACCUUCGAGACGUACCAGAAAUCCGACCAGAGCUUCGAGAAAUUGUCCUCUCGCAAGAUCAAGAUCCUUUCUUUAAGAAAAAUAUGUACCAAAACUUCGGCGAUUUGGGUCAGAAUAUCAAAGAAUACGUGGAGCAGUAUCAGGUAAAAACUAAGAACACCAUGAAUAUCGAGUCGAUUGCGGAUAUGAAGCGGUUCGUGGAGGAUUAUCCAGAGUUUCGCAAGCUUUCUGGAAACGUCAGCAAACACGUUACUCUGGUUGGGGAGCUCAGCCGGCGAGUCGGUGAGGAUGAUCUCCUCGAUGUCAGCGAAUUAGAACAAAGCUUAGCUUGUAACGAAAACCAUGCUAGUGACCUCAAGAAUCUACAACGGAUAAUACAACUGCCAUCGGUGGCGGCCGAAAAUAAGAUACGUCUAGUGGCACUAUAUGCUAUUCGAUACGAAAAACAACCGAAUAAUGCUCUGCCGAUUCUGCUUGAUUUACUGGUCACCGCGGGAAAUGUACCGUCGUACAAAGUGAAUACGAUUCCCAAGUUACUUGCCUACCACCAUUCUCUUCAGGCUCCGCCAGUUGCUGGAGGUUUCUCGGACCUGUUCGAGUCGACUUCCUUUUUCUCUGGUGCUCGAGAUCGGUUCAAAGGGCUGAAAGGUGUGGAAAAUGUCUACACCCAACACUCACCACGCCUGGAAGCCACUCUUCAAAAUUUGAUCAAGGGCCGGCUGAAGGAGCUACAGUAUCCAUUCCUCGAGAGUGGAGGUCACAUCCGAGAUAAACCCCAGGAUAUAAUCAUUUUUAUGGUGGGCGGCGCAACUUAUGAAGAAGCCAAGAUGGUGGCUCAGGUGAAUGCCAGUUCGCCUGGAGUACGAGUGGUUCUUGCAGGUACAAGCAUACACAACAGCACGAGUUUCCUGGAGGAGGUUGAUGACGCUGUGAGCGGCUGGCCAGAGCCCGCUCCCUCUAGUGCCGCUGGACGGCUGCGGAGGGAGAUCACGCGCUAG